AUGGCCCCUUGUUCAUUUGUGGCGGGCAUUUUGCUCGGUGCCCUCCUGGUAACAGCCGGGGACGCUCGUGCUGGACGUAUUUCCUCUGCCUCUGUAGCUAGUCAGCCGCUAUUUGAGAGCGAGAAAUUUCAAUUGACAGAUCAGGAUAUUGCAAAGCUCAGCCAGGAGCAGUCAGCCUUGGUUAAAUUUGGGAGCGAUGGGAUUGAUGAGAUCACCCAGCCGACAAGGGGAUGCAAGGUGUUCCCUGGUGACCGCAAUUGGCCGUCGCAGUCUACAUGGUCGAUCUUGGAUAACCUCCUAGGUGGCGCGCUCAUCAAGACAGUCCCCAUAGCGGCAGUCUGCUAUUCUUCGUGGCCCGAAUAUGACAGCGCCAAAUGCGAGAAAAUUACUGCACAAUGGAAUGAUUCCUAUCUUCAUGCCGAGGACCCGGCGUCGGCAAUGUGGCCUCUGUGGGAGGGAAGAACCUGCCUACCCACUACCAAUGCCUCUGCAUCUUGCACAGUGGGUGGCUACAGCACCUAUGCUGUGAAUGUGAGCAAUGUGGCUCAAAUUCAGUUGGCUGUCAACUUUGCACGCAACGCGGACAUCCGCCUGGUGAUUAAGAACACCGGUCAUGACUUCAAUGGAAAAUCAACCGGUGCUGGUGCUUUGGGUAUCUGGACUCACCACCUCAAGGACAUUGAGUACUAUGAGAACUAUCGUGGUUCCGGCUACCAGGGUCCAGCUGUCAAGCUGGGGUCGGGCGUUCAGGCCGGCGAGCUCUAUGAAAAGGGGAAGGAACUUGGAUUCACUGCCGUUGGUGGCGAAUGCAUGACUGUCGGUGUCGCCGGUGGCUACGUUCUCGGUGGCGGCCACUCGCCCAUGUCUAGCGUGUACGGCCUAGCUGCUGACCAAGUGCUGGCUCUUGAGGUCGUGUUGGCCAACGGACGCUUUGUCACAGUGACUGAAGAAAGCGAUCCCGAUUUAUUCUGGGCUCUGCGUGGUGGAGGUGGUGCUACCUAUGGAGUCGUCACUUCGCUCAUCUCUCGUGUCUACCCCAAGGUCGGUGUGACUCUCUCGACAUUUAACUUCUCCACUGGGAAGGAUGUCUCUGUGGAGACCUUUUGGGCCGGCUUCAAGUCAUACUUGAAGCGAUUCCCAGCUUACGCCGACGCCGGCACGUACGCCUACUUCUGGGUCCUGCCGACCGGCCCUGAUGCCUUCACCUUCUUAAUGAGCCCUUUGUUUGCCGUCAACCACACCGUGGACCAAUACAAUGCUCUAGUCCAGCCGUGGUACGAUGAGCUCCACGAGCUGGGCAUCUCAAUCCAGCCAAACACAACCUACUAUGACAACUUCCACGACGCCUGGAAGGCUGGAUUCCCCCUUGAGACCGUUGGCUCAUCGGUCAUGAAAACCGGCUCUCGCCUCUUUCCACGCGCAAACUUCGACAACUCCACCUCACUGGACGCGACCUUCAAUGCCCUACGUGCCACUAUAACUGAGGGCUUCGGAUUACUCGCAUACAACAUGAAAGCCGAGCUGCAAGAAGGUUUCACCUCGAACUCAGCCAACCCAGCAUUCCGCAAAAUGCUGAUGCACGCCAUGACCUCGACGAUCUGGACCAACACCACCUCCAAUGCCGAGAUCAAAUCAAAGAUGCAUGACCUCACCAAUGUUAUUGGCAAGUGGCGCGCUGUGAGCCCCGACUCCGGCGCGUAUAUGUCCGAGGCGGAUAUUCAAGAGCCGCACUUCCAGGAGUCUUUCUAUGGUACCAACUACAACCGCUUGUAUAAACUUAAGCACCGUUAUGAUCCGACUGCCUUGUUUUACGCGCCUACUGCUGUUGGCAGUGAGGAUUGGGUUGUGAAGAGCCUUGAUGGUCUUCCGGAUCAGAAUGGCCGGCUGUGCCGUGCUUAA